AUGGAGCGGCUGUUCGGCAGUCAGGUGGCUGCUGUCCGCGCCUGUUCAGCAUCUAUCUUGCAUCUCGAUAUGCCUGUUCGUCGCUCACCAUCCUUCACUCUGCCGGUUCUUGAUCACGUUCGCAGUUAUGAUCAGGCUGCCAUCGGCUCAAUAUGUGGCUGCUGGAAGAGUGUCACAGGUAAUGAAAAAGAUAAGGUGCGACGCCGUGGCAAUCCUUUCACUGCGCUUUCUUCACUCUCGGGCCUUCCAGCAGUUCAAUCCCACUCUCGCAAGUUCAGUGCACACCUUCGUCACUGUACUGCAACUCAGAGCUUGAAGCCAGUCGCAAACCGGGCUCAAGUGGUAUCUCUUCUUGCAGACUCUCGCAUGCCGAGUACAGAUCGACGUCCGCCUCCCGAGCUCUCUUUCGAUGACGAGAUCAGCUUCGCCCCUUACAACCACAUCGAGUAG